CUGCCUUUUGAGAGCUAUGUCCGAGGUUUCACAAAAUAUGACUUUGUGAUUCAAAAGCGAACACAACCCCGAACCCAGGCCAACCCUCUCAGGCCACCAUGCUUUGCUUGAACUGACCCUUCGCUCCCUUCUUUUGGAUGACUCUGUGGAGUUUACCUUGUCACAAGGAAGGGGGACGAAACCACCAUGAAAGAGAAGUCCAAAAAUGCUGCCCGGACAAGACGGGAGAAAGAGAACAGCGAGUUUUAUGAACUGGCCAAACUCCUGCCUUUGCCUUCGGCCAUCACCUCGCAGCUGGACAAGGCUUCCAUCAUCCGACUCACCACCAGCUAUCUAAAAAUGCGCGUGGUUUUCCCAGAAGGGCUCGGAGAAGCCUGGGGCCACUCGAGUCGAACCAGCCCUUUGGACAACGUGGGCCGCGAGCUGGGGUCCCACCUUUUGCAGACCUUGGAUGGUUUCAUAUUUGUGGUGGCCCCAGACGGCAAGAUUAUGUACAUCUCUGAGACGGCCUCUGUUCAUUUGGGUUUAUCACAGGUCGAGCUGACUGGCAACAGCAUUUACGAAUACAUCCACCCGGCCGAUCACGACGAGAUGACCGCUGUCCUCACCGCCCACCAGCCCUACCAUUCCCACUUCGUUCAGGAAUACGAGAUCGAGCGCUCCUUUUUCUUAAGGAUGAAAUGCGUCUUGGCCAAGAGGAACGCGGGCCUGACCUGCGGCGGCUAUAAGGUCAUCCAUUGCAGCGGCUACUUAAAGAUCCGCCAGUAUAGCCUGGACAUGUCCCCCUUCGAUGGCUGCUACCAAAACGUCGGCUUGGUGGCCGUGGGCCACUCUCUGCCCCCCAGCGCCGUGACGGAGAUCAAGCUGCACAGCAAUAUGUUCAUGUUCCGAGCCAGCCUGGAUAUGAAGCUGAUCUUCCUCGACUCACGGGUGGCCGAACAAACCGGUUACGAGCCCCAGGACCUGAUCGAGAAGACGCUCUACCACCACGUCCACGGCUGCGACACCUUCCACUUACGCUGCGCUCAUCACCUGCUGUUAGUGAAGGGGCAAGUCACCACAAAAUACUACCGCUUCCUUGCCAAACAAGGUGGUUGGGUCUGGGUGCAGAGUUAUGCCACCAUUGUCCACAACAGCCGAUCUUCACGGCCUCAUUGCAUCGUCAGUGUUAACUACGUGCUCACGGAUACAGAAUACAAAGGACUACAGCUCUCUCUGGAUCAAGUUUCGGCAACAAAGCCAUCAUUCCCAUAUGCAAACUCAGCUCCAACUGUUUCUGACAAUAGAAAAGGAAGCAAAUCACGUCUUUCAAGCACAAAGACAAAGUCUAGGACAUCACCAUAUCCACAGUAUUCUGGAUUUCACACUGAAAGAUCUGAGUCUGACCAUGAAAGCCAGUGGGGUGGAAGCCCACUCACUGACACCGCAUCUCCUCAGUUAAUGGACCCCUCCGAAAGACCCAGCUCCCAGCAUCAUGAUGUUUCCUGUGCCUAUAGACAGUACGCGGACCGCGGUGCUCUCUGUUAUGGUUUUGCACUUGACCAUUCCAGGCUGGCUGAUGACAGACACUUCCAUAGUCCAGCCUGUGAUGCAGGCAGGUGUGAGGCGGGUCGAUACUUCCUUGGCACACCACAGUCUGGAAGGGAAACAUGGUGGGGUUCUCAAUCUGGCCUUCCCCUCACCAAAUCUUCUCCUGAGAGCAGAGAAGCCUACGAAAACAACAGCAUGCCUCACAUAACGUCCAUUCACCGGAUUCAUGGAAGAGGUCACUGGGAUGAAGAAAGUGUGGUCAGUUCCCCAGACCCUGGUUCUGCUAGUGAGUCAGGGGACAGAUAUCACUCUGAGCACUAUCAGGGCAGCCCACACGAGCCCAGCAAAAUUGAAACUCUCAUCAGGGCAACUCAGCAAAUGAUUAAAGAAGAGGAGAGCAGGCUGCAGUUACGGAAAUCGACUCCAGAUCAGCUGGUUUCCAUUAAUGGAGCAGGGAAGAAACACACUGUUUGUUUUGCAAACUACCACCAGGCACAGCAGAUGAGAGGAGAUGUCUGCCGGGCACCCAGCAUCUCCAACACGUCUCCUUGUGAGCACACACAGCAACGUGACGGGAAGAUGAUGAGCCCCCAUGAGAAUGACUAUGACAACAGCCCCACAACACUCUCAAGAAUAAGCAGCCCCAAUUCUGAUCGCAUUUCUAAAUCAAGUUUGAUCAUAGCUAAAGACUUCCUUCCUUCUGAAAUGUCUCCUCAUCAAACUCCAGGGGAUACAAAUAACCCCACAGGUUCGCCCAACUACUACAGUUCCCAUAGGCAGUACUUUGAUAAGCAUGCCUACACAUUAACAGGCUAUGCUCUGGAGCACCUUUACGACAGUGAAACACUUAGAAACUAUUCCUUGGGUUGCAAUGGAUCGCACUUGGACGUGACAUCUCACCUACGGAUGCAGCAGGACCCAGCACAGGGACACAAAGGGACGUCUGUUAUUAUAACCAAUGGAAGCUGA